AACACAGACUAUUGCGCAUGUCAUUUCAGUUCAUUUGUCAAACACAAAGCGUCCAAUGGUCGAAAUCGAAAAACAAGGACAAUGGAUUUCUAUUCAUGUGAAUUUUAAACUGUAAAUUUAAUAGUUGUAUUCAGAAAAAUGAGUGGUACUAUCAUCGAGAAUCUAAGCGGGCGUAAAUUAGCCGUGCUCGUAUCGUUUUUGCUGCUAUGUCAACUGACAUGCUUCCUCAUAGGAGGAUUGGUCGCGCCCAUGCCAGCGAGUUUCCAAAAUAUACUCGCAACAGUGUGCAAAGAUACUUCUACAGUGAAAAAUGACACAACCAAGUGGUUCUAUAAUCGCGGCAAGGGUUCCUGCAAGACUGUCGACCUUGCUAAUUUGGAUCCGGAUAUUUCCGAAAUUGAUAUCGUGUUCGCGUUUCAAAUGCCGGUGCCGCGUGAAAGCAAGAUUCUCGAUUACUCGCGUUGGCAACAGAACUUGAUUGGAGUGCUACAAAUCGAUAUUGCGUACAAUUCGCAAAUGGAAGUAAAGCCUAGAAGUGUCGUAACGAUAGACGCACGACUGGCUUACCAAAACAAAGGGGACCCGGAAGAUGAGUGGAAACUAUACACGCAGUCUAUCGAAAAACGUCAUCUAGACUGUGACAUUGAUGUGAAAGCUGAUGGUUAUCUGCAUAACUGCGCACCAAUGCCACUUUUUGAACUUGGCUCAUUGUUUCACGACUACUACCUACUCAAUGUCAGACUCCCAGUUGAUGAACCUGACAUGAACACCAAUUUAGGACAUAUUCAAGAUAUGUGGCUGACCGUCAUCAACCAAAAUGGAGGCUUCACUAAAGUUUGGGUGUCACUGAAAACAGUUUUCUUCCCUUGUAUUGUAGCAAUACUUGUUUGGUUUUGGAGAAGGAUACACAUGUUGGAACGCAAGCCAGUGUUGCUUGAGAAGAUGCUAUUGAGCUUAGGAAUUGCAGUUUGUGUUCUAAAUAUGCCAUUGGAGUACCUAACAUUACAUUAUGACCUACCAUUCAUGCUUUUACUGGGAGAUAUGAGGCAGGGCAUAUUUUAUGCAAUGUUGUUUUCAUUCUGGCUCGUUUUUGCUGGAGAACACAUGCUAAUUCAAGAAGCUUCGGCACAAAGCUCUCUGAAGCAAUAUUGGCGUCAUCUUAGCGCUGUUGCUAUUGGAUGUACAUCUUUAUUUAUUUUUGAUAUGUGUGAAAGAGGAGUACAACUGCGAAAUCCUUUCUAUUCUAUAUGGGUGACUGAUAUUGGCACUAAUCUUGCUCUUACGUUUAUAAUAUUGGCUGGAAUAUGCACUGGAGUGUAUUUCUUGUUCUUGUGCUACCUAGUGUGGCAAGUUUUCAAAAAUAUCUCCCAAAAGCGCCAGUCUCUACCAACAAUGAGCUCAGUGAGGCGUUUGCAUUAUGAAGGAAUCAUAUAUCGUUUCAAAUUCUUGAUGUUGGCCACACUGCUGUGCGCUGCUUUGACUGUCAUUGGGUUUAUACUGGGACAAGUGGCCGAGGGGCAGUGGAAAUGGGACGAGAACAUCAAAUUGGAGUACACAUCUGCAUUUUUCACUGGUGUUUAUGGAAUGUGGAAUAUUUACAUCUUUGCGCUGUUGGUGUUGUACGCACCGAGUCACAAGCACUGGCCAGUAAAUGAAAACACUUCAGACACCCAGAAUUUGAGCGAGGAGAUUGAAUUCAACCGUUUGCCGACCGAAAGGAGUGAGAUAUCGUCAUUGAUGUCAUUCAUAAGGAAACCUACAACAGACUAGAUUUUCAGUUGUACUUUUGAAACAUCCAUUAGAAUUUUACAAAAAUUGUAUUAUGUAUAUGUAAUCAACAGUCAAUACGACCAUAAUAUUAGUAGAGUACAGAAUAAAGCCCAAAUAAAAAAAUAAAACCAACACUGGCAUGGACACAAACAAAAAAAAAUAAUAGAGUACAUUGAACAUCUUUUUUGUGAACCCAGAGCAGGAACAAACAUUACACUCAAAUAUUUGAUAGGAAGUUCCAUAGUAGGAUGUAACAUUGUAGUCACACAGCAAUAAUGUUUUAGUACUAAGUGUAAACCUUUUAUAAAUCUUUUAUUUAUUGUAACUCGAUAAGAUUAAUUAUUGAAAUAAUCUCGAAUAUUUUGUGAUAUAAGUUUCAUUUCAUAGCAGUAUAUUUUUAUAAAAUUCCCAUUGUAUGCUAGUUGAGUCUGAAUCAUCUAGAACUGGUUUUAUGACCUUGACGCUCGAUUUAGCCGUGCUUCCAAAUUAAGCAUUCUAGGAUAUAAAUUGCCAAUUCCUUACUUAUAAUUUCUGUGAUAGAUUUUGAACUAUGCAUUUAUCUUCAGUAUUUUAAAUUGCUUUUUUGCGAAAGUGUUGCCAGUAUUUGCAUGUUAUUUGUAAGUUUUAAUUAUUGUAGUUUUAUAAUGUAGCCCAGUGGGAUUUGUACGCGAUAAAAUAAAUAAAAUUAUUUAAAUUGGAA